AGGCUAAGGUGCAAGGCCAUUGGCUGUCAGUCGUCAUUCAUGAGCCGCGCAUGGCGCCUGCCCCGCUUGAUUGGCUGGCUGUGGUCACGUGACAAAGUGAAAGGCGCCAGGGGGCGUGGCUAGCGUCAGAUAGCGGAUCUGGUGUAGCGAGCGUUUAUUUACACGGGAGCCGCUAGCGUCAGGCCGCGCGGCAAAUUAAUGAGCAUGAGCUCCUUUCUGAUGAACCCCGUGUCGUACGGGGAGCCCAAGUUCCCCCCGACCGACGACUACUCGCAGACAAGUUAUCUGCAAAGUCAGGCAUCGGAUUACUACAGGUCAAGCUUCCAUCACCUCAGUCACAACGGAUACCAUUUCUCACCGCUGCAGUAUGCUGGCGCCGUGUCAGACAACACCAACAACACCAACAACACCAGCAGGAGCAGCGGCAGCACCGCUAAUCUUGACGCCAACGGCAACGGAGGCAAGGGCGAUGCUGGUGUUAGCGGAUUACCAGAGCAGACCGCUGCUGUUGCCACGGACAACUAUGACCGAGACCUCACAAGCGAGGAGAACAGUUCCAAGGUCUUGAGUCUGUCUGAGAGCGGCCCAGACCACUCAUCGUUCACCCCUUCGUCGGGUCUUUCAUCGCCGGCAUCGCUGUCGUUGUUGUCGAACUCUGUCAGGACACAGAAUGGAAGCGCGCCCCUGGUUAACCUAAUGGCCAGCUCUUCCGGGCAGCCUCUGGACGUGUCGCUUGACUGUCGUGUGUCGUCUGCGUCGUCGAUGUGUUUGUCCAGCUACAACCACCACCACAACCACCACCAAAGUCGUAUCGAAAACCAACUGCAACCACAUCCGCACCACCACCAGCUCCAGCACCGGCAUCUGCAGCUGUCCCCGAGUUCCACACCUGCUGGCAUGUCACCCCCCUGUGUGGGGGGCCAGUCCCCCUACAAGGCCGAUAACUGUGGGGCCUCGGGGGCUUCGCCGACGUCCUGUGACGGCGAUGACAGCAAUGGGGGCAUAGGUAUGGGGUCAGGACCCCCGGUUAUCUACCCUUGGAUGAGGAAAUCGCAGGCAGGCAACAGCUCCUGCAUGAGCGACUGCAAGCGGAACAGGACGGCCUACACUCGCUUCCAGAUCCUGGAACUGGAGAAGGAGUUUCAUUUCAACCGCUACCUCACUCGCAGACGUCGCAUCGAGAUAGCGCAUGCGCUGUGCUUGACAGAGCGCCAGAUAAAGAUCUGGUUCCAGAACCGCCGAAUGAAGUGGAAAAAAGAGCACAAGUUGCCCAACACCAAGACUAGAAUGGUGGAUGGGGGCCUGGAUCUGGGCCCCGACCUCACUAGCGCCGACUUAGCGGGAUUGUAAGAACUUUUUUCUUGGAGGAGGAUGCUGGAUGAGAUGCGACUCGCUGACGUCAGAGGAGUUCCUGCGUCUGUUUGUGGUCACAAGGCAGAGAGAAGCGCCAUGGCCGAUAACAUCAGAUCAAACGAAUAUUUCUCUCUCUCCCUCCCGUCUGCCACUUUACUUUAUAAUCGACUGUGCGCAGUGUGUCGAUGAUAAGCGAGACAAAAACACUGAGCGAUGUUGUAACGACACGUGGCAAGCGGCGAACGACGCCGGAGAUUGCAGCUGCUCUGAUUGGCUGAUAAUCACUGUUGUCAUGGUGAUCUCGCCAGCAGGUGAAGGAAUUACAGGACAGUGGACUGAUUAUUCGCGAUUAGCAAAGUGCAGGCAGAAAUAUUUGUCUUAUUUUGAGAAGAGCAUAAUACACUCUACGUUUUGUUUACGAGGGCACAAGGGAGUUAAUUGCAUUUUCACAUCAUUCUGGACUAUUGUAUACACAACAUCACAACAUCACAACAUCACAACACCAUGCUGCAGACAGACAUUGCUUAUCUAACAUAUAUCUCAGCAGAGCGACAACCGUGAGUCAGUAGAUACAGACUGAUGUCUACACACGGAGUGUGAAGUGGAACAUUUGCAAGAUGUCAAUAAGUAAAUCAAAUACAUGGACUGGAAGUUGGACUGGAGGUUCUGACCGCUCAGGAGUCAAUGAUGGAGGGGAGGAGGCCGGGGAGGGAAGUUUGGGAGAUGGUGUGUAGGCUUGCGUCUACAAGAAAUCUGAAAAAGUUCCAAACUCCUGCAAUCUAACUCUGACUAGAUAACAUUAUUUAUUUCUUCAAAAUGACCGCAACAGUGUGCUCCAACUUUAAACUCCACAAAACUUUCAUUCUGCCAUCGUAGAGUAACUGCCAUCAGAAAACAAACUUCCGUUCGCUCAUCAUUGGCAAUGUUCAGUAUUAGAGACUCAAGGCAUGUGAGUCAGGAGGAGUUCCUGGGAGUGUUUCUCGUCACUCUGUCGGGAUCUUCGCAGACUACUGCGACUCUCUUCGAUGACAAUUCUUUAAAAAAAAUGUGAACCCAAUAGUCGUUUUGUAACUUUAUAUCAUCGCAAGCAUAAUUAUUUUCACCAUAGUGUUCUAUGUAUCAUGUCUGAAGUCCCGAGUGGAAAGAGCCAGAGACACCUGAUGCUUGUGGGCGAUGGGUGGCGAUGAUCGGGAUGGCGAUGGUAAGGAGACACACUCAAGAAUUUCAUGGAAAUGUGAAGAGACAUAUUCCGGGUGCUUGAGAACAGUAUUCCUCAUAUCAUCCUUACACAAACUAUCCAGGUGGAGAAGAUCUACCCACCUGGUGCUGGAUGUAUGGGCCGGUGUGUGGAGGAUGGUUGUGUGGAUGCUGAUGUGUGAAAAGUCUGGAGUCAAGUGUGUUGGAGCACGAAAGCUACGGCUGCUCCACGAGUUGUAUGAAGACAACAUAGAUGAUAGUAAACAGUAAACAUUCUAAGUUUGGAAAAUGUGAACGAUAUUCGUCGUCCUUAACGGUCUACCACCGUUCACACGGAACCCAAUGAAAUGUUUAAGUAUCUGUGUUCUUUGUCCUCCUCCUCCUCCUCUCCUCCUCUCUCCUCCUCCUCCUCCUAAUCAUCAUCAUCAUCAUCAUCAUCUUCAUUUGUUGAGACUGAACGUUUGAGCACCUUAGAUAGGUGGCUCCACAAGCUCAUGUCCUGAACUGAGGCACGUGAGGUGGCAGAAAGGCAUUGUGGGACGACUGAAUGAUGAAAGAGAGGCUGAGUAUUUUGUGUUUCAAAAGUACUAUGUGCUUCUAUGUGUUGUAAUUUAUACCUCCAGCUUUCACCUCAGUCCAUCUUGUCGCUCCAUUCUGUAAGCCCCGGUAGUGUGUUGUCUUGUAACCACUCCACACAAUAUGAUUACCAACAUUAGUUGUUAUUACAGACUGUCUGUGGUAGGCAGCCAUUGCAUUCCUCCUCAAGUUUGCAGCCAGACGCUGCCCUCGCGACUCGGGUCGAGCAUAAGACUGAACAGACAGACAGACAGACAGACAGACAGACAGACGUCUGUUCUGAUGUUGCGACUUCUUUCUUCCAGUUUGAUAGAAGAGGUCAACUGCUCUGCUUCUGUCAGCCAACUUCCUGACGAUGUUCUGCUCAACAGUUUGUUUGAAAUCAGGAAUCCUUAUUUCAGUUUCAUUAUUAUCUAAGAAUAUUUUUAUUUAACUGGCACGCGCGUGCGCGCGCGUACACACAACCACACAUUAUGUUUGUACACAACAACAUUGUGUUUGCAGUGCAUGUGUUUGUGUAAGAAAGUGUGAUCGUGAUUUCAGUGCCAGCACAGGUGUAAGUGUGUAGGUGUGUCCGAGUGCUGUGGGUCAGGAAAUGCUGGUGGUGUGUGUGAUGGAAAGAGUGAGAAAGAAAGAGCGAGUGACAGAAGGCGUGCACGCUUGUUUGAGAACAAGGAGAAGAAAGAAUACUGUGGCUUUAAAUUUAUUGGUUGUCUUUGUGACGGAGGAAUUGCGUUCCGCGGCAAGUUGACUUUAAAGUGUAAUAAAUUCUUGUAAAAUA